UAAGUUACUCAAUGUAUGCACGUAAUUCGAUGGAUAUACAACAGUAUUAAGAGUGGUGGAGUUUUAAUGAUUUAAUUUAGAAUUUAUUUGAUUUGGUUUCUUUUAUCAUACGCAUAUUCUCAGCCACACAGUAUGCAUGAAACCAAAUAUAAUUUGUUUAUAUCGACUACCAAUUUAUCACUCAAGUCCAAGUUUCCCGUUGAUGAAAAGUUUCUGUCAUCCUCCUCACAAUGACUUUGCUUGGUUUCCCGCGCUAUUUUGAAAGACUAAUCCCCUGUUCAGAUUGAUACGGCAGAGGCAGACCUGCAACCGAGACUUGGAUGAACACAUCCAGGUACAAAACCUUUCCUCCCUGUUCGGAGAGCUCUCUACACGCCUUCAAAUGCAUCCCUACACACACACUUAUGCGCAAGGAUCACCUGGUACUUCACAAGCAGGUUUGGUACUUGAAAAACCAAACGGUUGCAGGAUCCAUCAAAAUACUCGACCCCUCCUUUGAGUGUGCAACCAUUGCCAUUUGCAAGGGGCGUCCUUUUCAAAACAACAAUAAACCCUGUGUAAUCGACGCUCUGGGUUUGAUUUCGUAAAGAGGGGAUUAUUGCCAUUCAUCAUGGGUCGAUUCGAGUUGGCCAAGUGUUGCUUCUUCAUUGACUAUUUGGUGGGGGCCAGGAUCAUCGCUUUGGUCACGUUUCUGAUAGACAUUGUGAUCUCGGUGUAUCCUUAUAUGGAGGUCAGCGCCGGGAGUCGAGAUUUCCGGGGUUAUCUCAUUGCUUACAGUUUCACGGAUCUCAUCAUAUUUGGAGGAGCGUCCAUUGUCUUGUUCAUGGGCGCUAUGAUGAGAAGGCGAGAUCUGCUCAUGUUCUGGAUCAUUGUCCAGGGCUUCCGAGUCAUCCUCGGGAUCUUCGGUCUAUUGGCCAUCAUCAUCUUGUGUCUACUUCAUCCUAAAGUACUCUCUCCGGGCGCUGUGGUCAUGCUCUUUCUUUUAGAAUUUGUCUUUUUGUAUUGCUGGAUCGUGGUUAUUGGCGUUUUCCGACGAGUAGAGGAAUACCGACGAACCAGCUAAUUAAUCGAAUGCAGUUUAAAUUUCAAACACUCACGAAAUAUAUCAUAUGCACGAAAACACCUGUACUCUCCUCCUCUUACUUUAUCUCUGCUAUCUAAGUAGUACGUCGAAACCACUGUUCCAGUCGAACAUUCCUUUCAUAUCAAGGAUGUUUCAAGUGAAUAAUUUUUGCUUUGUAUUCGAUCAUGUCUUAGGGGUUCAAAUAAUUGCAUAUCUAUUCCUAAUUAAAGACAUUUCUAUUGGUACUGCAGCGUGCGUCAGUUUGGCGGUGAAUGAGCCAGAUCAACAAGGAACAUUGUUGGAUAUUGGCAUGGUGGCCUUUUCGGUAGUUUUUAUUUUCUCGGCCUUUAUGCUUUUAUUGGGAACAUUGGAAAGGAGUGCCCCACACUUUAUACCAUUUAUCGUUUUCCAAGGAGUUCGAAUCCUGUUAUUGGUUGUUCUUAUAAUGAGCAGUCUUAUCAAUGGACACAUCAUCGGUAUUGGAUUUUUGGUUUUUGUUUUGAUUUAUUUGUACCUCUGGGUAGUUGUUGUGGAAUUGUACUACCGAUUGGACGACUACCAAAAACUUGACGAUACCAUUCUGCACAUCUAAGAAAUAAUCCACGGUCAUUCGUGAUCCAUGUUUAAGAGCGAAAUAGAAUCAUAUUUAAUAAAUGCA